AUGUUAAAGCUAAGAAAUCUUCGAAACAAACUUUUCAUAAAAGAAACUUCAUUGCAAGAGAUGAAGAGUGAGCUAGAAACUUACAAAGAAAAUAAUGCGCAACAGUCUUUCCAGAUAAUGUCCCUGCAAGACGAUAUCAAGGACUUGGAGGAACUUACUGCUUCUCUAACCAGAAUUAAAUCUUUGAAAAACACCAGUAUUCAGAGUCUUGAAAGAGGCAACUGGGAUCUAACUGAAAGAAUUACAGAACUAGAAAAUCUUCUAAGAGUACAUCUGAUUGAAAGAAAAAGAGCAGAGCGAAAAGCAGACCUUUUGGAGAAAAAGUUAGCCGGUGCUAACAGAUUCACCCCUUAUAUGAGUAUGAAAGAACAAGAAGAUUCCUUAGAUAGUUUCAUGACAAAGGAUAAGGAUGAAGCUAUCCUGGUCAAAAAUUUUGAGAGAGACAACACUUUUCACUUUGAAGGACCAAAAGAUGGACAGAAAAUUUGGGAUAAGUGUCAACAAGAUUUGAUCCGUGAGGAAAAACAAAUACCUGAGUUAGACAAACCUCCACGUUCAUACAACUGGGAAACUAAAACAGCGCGAUCCCACUAUCAGAAAUUCCUCAGUCAACUGUCUGCUCUUCCCAGCAACAGUGUUGAACCCACACCAGCCAUAGGGGAAGCUGUGAAAGACAGCAUUCUGGAGACUGGUGCAAAUGAGCAAUCUUGGAAGUCUGAAAACUCUCAAUCUAAGAUUUCCCAGGUGGAUGAAGAUGGCAAAGCAUUCAAGCAGCUAGAGAAAGACAACAAGCAAGAAACAUUACUGGAUAUUCAGCAGAAUUUUCAGACUGUUACAACUCAAAGAUUAGAGGAGAAAAUUCAGAGACUUCAGAAACAGCUCAGUGACUUGAAAUUGUCAAACAAAAAUAUGAAAACUCAACUGACAAGAGUAAAUGUCCUUAAAGACAAAACAGUUGAGAAGCUCAGGGAAUCUCUAACAAAAGUUGAAGCAAUGAAAGGGAAGGCAGCUAUGGAAACAGACCUGAAAACUACAGUAGACUCUGACGAGCAAGAAGCAAGAUGGGAUAAAAAGAAGAUCCAUCAAAUGUUAGAAACUGCCACUCCUGAGCUCAGCACAGCAAAGAGCACACUUGAAGAAGUACCGGGAAAACAAGAAGAGCUUGUUGACUUUCGAGAAACUAUUAUGAAGAUGUUGGGCUUUAACAUGAAAACAGCAGACAAGAAAAUCAUCAAUCACCUAAGGCUUAUUAUACAAGUAUAUGAAGCAUCUGACAAAUCAAAGAUGGCUUCUGAGUGUGAGACUGGACAGGAUAAUGAAUAAAGAAUUUCUGCCAACAAUAACUCACAACUA